AAGGAAGAUCUCACCGCGUCCUUCCUUUUCUUUUGCAGAAGAUGGGCAGCAACUGAAAGCCGCGCUGUCUGAACUCACAAUGGAGCCCUCCGUGCCCGUCGUCUUUGUCCGGCAGAAGCAAGUCGGAGGCUACCAGAAAACUUUGAAGGCACACCGGGAAGGAACUCUUCAUAAGCUGCUUGAGGUGAACGGGCAAGCAGAGGGGCCUUCUUAUGACUAUGAUCUGAUCGUCAUUGGAGGAGGUUCAGGCGGACUUGCAGCCUCCAAGGAAGCUGCCAAACUUGGCAAAAAGGUCCUGGUUCUGGAUUUUGUUGUCCCUACUCCUUUGGGAACAAGAUGGGGUCUGGGAGGAACUUGUGUCAAUGUAGGCUGCAUACCUAAAAAGCUGAUGCACCAGACGGCUUUGCUUGGGCAAGCCAUAAAAGAUGCGCCCAAGUUUGGGUGGAAGUUGGAUGAGCUAGGCGUAAAUCACAGUUGGGAUGCGAUGACAGAAGCGGUUCAGAAUUAUAUUGGCUCUCUGAACUGGGGAUACAGGGUGUCUCUCCGAGACAAUGGUGUCACAUAUGAGAAUGCUUACGGAGAAUUUGUUGGGCCACACAGAAUCAAGGCAACAAAUAACAAAAGGAUAGAGAAAUUUUACACAGCAGAAAGAUUUCUGAUUGCCACUGGAGAAAGACCCCGUUAUCUAAACAUCCCUGGCGACAAAGAAUAUUGCAUCACCAGUGAUGAUCUCUUCUCCUUGGCCUACUGUCCGGGAAAGACGUUGGUGGUCGGAGCUUCCUAUGUUGCCCUUGAGUGUGCCGGGUUUCUUGCGGGACUUGGCUUAGAUGUGACUGUUAUGGUGCGUUCCAUCCUUCUGAGAGGCUUUGAUCAGGAUAUGGCGAACAAAAUAGGCGAGCACAUGGAAGAACACGGGAUCAAGUUCAUUAGAAAAUAUGUGCCCACCAAGAUUGAACAGAUUGAGGAAGGAACUCCCGGAGUGCUAAGAGUCACCGCUCAAUCUACAGAAAACUCUGAGAUGUUUCAAGGGGAAUACAACACGGUGUUGCUUGCCAUAGGAAGGGAUGCCUGCACAAGAAAAAUUGGCUUGGAGAAAGUUGGAGUGAAGAUCAAUGAAAAAACAGGAAAAAUCCCUGUCAAUGAGGAGGAGCAAACGAACGUGCCGUACAUCUUUGCCAUUGGGGACGUGUUGGAAGGCAAGCUGGAACUCACACCCGUGGCGAUUCAGGCGGGCAGGCUGUUGGUGCGGAGGCUUUACGGGGGAGCAGACACAAAGUGUGACUAUGUGAAUGUUCCCACCACAGUAUUCACUCCUAUGGAAUAUGGAGCCUGUGGUUACUCAGAAGAGAAAGCAAUUGAGAAAUUUGGCGAGGACAAUAUUGAGGUUUACCACAGUUAUUUUUGGCCACUGGAAUGGACAGUCCCAUCCCGAGACAACAACAAAUGUUAUGCAAAGGUCAUUUGCAAUAUUCCAGAUCAGGAGCGUGUUAUUGGUUUCCAUGUGCUUGGUCCAAAUGCUGGAGAAAUUACCCAAGGAUUUGCAGCAGCCAUAAAAUGUGGAAUGACGAAAGAACAGUUGGACAGCACUAUAGGAAUCCAUCCAGUCUGUGCAGAGAUAUUCACCACGUUGUCUGUGACAAAGCGCUCAGGGGGAAACAUCCUUCAAUCCGGAUGCUGAGGUUAAGCCUCCCCGCUGUUGUUAGCCGUUGCUAGAGACUGGCUUUCAUCACCGAGUCCCAAAGGGCAGAAGGGAAGCAGCUAGCAAGCAAAACCUGGCGUCGACGUCCGUUGACAUCCUCAACAAGCCACCAUGGGGUGAAUGAAGGACGUUGGCAGCUGCUGAGUUACCGGUGAUGACUGAAUGGCAACUGGCGUGACAGCGGGAUGGGCCCAUAUCAAGAUGAUGCUUGGCAAGGCAUUAUUCACGAUGCUUCCAUGAAGUCUCAGCCUCAAACCAGUGUUACCUGGUAGGCAGUGACGGAAAGAUUGCUAGCACAGCUUGAGACUUAACUCUUUUCUCCUCCUGGAAUGAAGAGGAUCCUCAUAUUUGGUUAUGUCCUCACUUUGUUAUGGAAUCCCUAAUUGCUACAUCAUACCUGUAAGCCCUUCUGUAGGGGACAACAUAUCAUCCCUCCAGACUUGUACAGAAAUGAACAACCCAGCCUGUGAAGGAGCAAUUGUCUUUUCCUACAGAUAGUUCUAAGAAGCAACAUACUUCCACUUACCCAGAACAGCUGAUCAGUGUGGACCUCCAAGCUCCAUAAGUCAAAGAACAAACGGUCCAUCACUGUUACUCUGUUUUAGGAACGGUUUCCUUACAAGUAUGAUGUCAGCUACAUUGUUGAGUGAAAUAUUCCCCCCUCAGUACAGUUCUAAAACUGUGAAUUAUUUAUAUGACAGAUUAUACAAUAUAUAUAUUUUGAGAUACUCUCUGAAAUGUUCUCCCAAAUGUUCCCCAUGUUCAUAGAUUUUCUCUCUUUAAUGAAAACAAAAGUAAACCUUUUAUUUCUUGGUG